AUGGCAGGCCUCGGCCCCGGCGGAGGCGAUUCCGAGGGGGGACCCCGGCCCCUGUUUUGCAGAAAGGGGGCUCUGAGGCAGAAGGUGGUCCACGAAGUCAAGAGCCACAAGUUCACCGCUCGCUUCUUCAAACAGCCAACCUUCUGCAGCCACUGCACCGAUUUCAUCUGGGGGAUUGGAAAACAGGGCUUGCAGUGUCAAGUCUGCAGCUUUGUGGUUCAUCGACGAUGCCACGAAUUUGUGACCUUCGAGUGUCCAGGCGCCGGGAAAGGCCCCCAGACGGACGACCCCCGGAACAAGCACAAAUUCCGCCUGCACAGCUACAGCAGCCCCACCUUCUGCGACCAUUGUGGCUCCCUCCUCUACGGGCUGGUGCACCAGGGCAUGAAAUGCUCCUGCUGCGAGAUGAAUGUGCAUCGGCGCUGUGUGCGCAGCGUGCCCUCUCUGUGCGGCGUGGACCACACGGAGCGCCGCGGGCGGCUGCAGCUGGAGAUCCGGGCCCCCACCGCAGAUGAGAUCCACGUCACAGUCGGAGAGGCCCGCAACCUUAUCCCCAUGGACCCCAACGGUCUGUCUGACCCCUAUGUGAAGCUAAAGCUCAUCCCAGACCCUCGGAACUUGACGAAGCAGAAGACCCGCACUGUGAAAGCCACGCUAAACCCUGUGUGGAACGAGACCUUUGUGUUCAACCUGAAGCCCGGGGAUGUGGAGCGCAGGCUCAGCGUGGAGGUGUGGGACUGGGACCGGACCUCCCGCAACGACUUCAUGGGCGCCAUGUCCUUUGGGGUCUCGGAGCUGCUGAAGGCGCCCGUGGAUGGCUGGUACAAGUUACUGAACCAGGAGGAGGGCGAAUAUUACAAUGUGCCGGUGGCCGACGCUGACAACUGCAGCCUCCUCCAGAAGUUUGAGGCCUGCAACUACCCCCUGGAACUGUACGAGCGGGUCCGCAUGGGCCCCUCCUCAUCUCCAAUCCCCUCCCCAUCCCCUAGUCCCACGGACUCCAAGCGCUGUUUCUUCGGGGCAGGCCCUGGCCGGCUGCACAUCUCUGACUUCAGUUUCCUCAUGGUUCUAGGAAAAGGCAGCUUUGGGAAGGUGAUGCUAGCUGAGCGUCGGGGCUCAGACGAGCUCUACGCCAUCAAGAUCCUGAAGAAAGACGUGAUUGUCCAGGAUGACGACGUGGACUGUACCCUGGUGGAGAAACGUGUGCUGGCCCUGGGGGGCCGAGGCCCGGGAGGCAGGCCCCACUUUCUCACGCAGCUCCACUCUACCUUCCAGACCCCGGAUCGCCUGUAUUUUGUGAUGGAGUAUGUCACCGGGGGCGACUUGAUGUACCACAUUCAGCAGUUGGGCAAGUUUAAGGAGCCCCACGCAGCUUUCUACGCAGCCGAAAUCGCCAUCGGUCUCUUCUUCCUUCACAAUCAGGGCAUCAUCUACCGGGACCUGAAACUGGAUAAUGUGAUGCUGGACGCAGAAGGACACAUCAAAAUCACUGACUUUGGCAUGUGUAAGGAGAACGUGUUCCCCGGGACCACCACCCGCACCUUCUGCGGCACCCCAGACUACAUAGCUCCCGAGAUCAUUGCUUACCAGCCCUAUGGGAAGUCUGUGGACUGGUGGUCCUUUGGGGUCCUGCUGUAUGAGAUGUUGGCAGGACAGCCCCCCUUCGAUGGGGAGGACGAAGAAGAGCUGUUUCAGGCCAUCAUGGAACAAACUGUCACCUACCCCAAGUCGCUGUCCCGGGAAGCCGUGGCCAUCUGCAAGGGGUUCCUAACCAAGCACCCAGCGAAGCGCCUGGGCUCAGGGCCAGACGGGGAACCCACCAUUCGUGCCCACGGUUUUUUCCGCUGGAUCGACUGGGAACGGCUGGAACGACUGGAGAUUGCACCCCCAUUCAGACCUCGCCCGUGUGGUCGCAGUGGUGAGAAUUUCGACAAGUUUUUCACGCGGGCGGCGCCUGCGCUGACCCCUCCGGACCGCCUAGUUCUUGCCAGCAUCGACCAGGCGGAUUUCCAAGGCUUCACCUACGUGAACCCCGAUUUCGUGCAUCCGGAUGCCCGCAGCCCCAUCAGCCCAGUGCCUGUGCCAGUCAUUCUGGCCUCUGUCCUGUGGGUGCUAGAUGCCCACCCCAGCGCUCUUGGCAUUCUAACCUCCGUACAGUGUCUAGAGCCUUCCCGUGUUCUGGAUUCUGCUGUGCUGAGUAGUCUCAUCCACCUCGGUGUUCUGGACUCUACGCCACCAGGCGCCAGAACCCCUCCUCCCUCCCGGCCCCAUGGCGUUCUAGACUCCGUCUCAGUAGAUUCAGUGGCUCUCUCUUUUUUUCUUUCUGGGAAAUAGUCUCAUGGGGUAGGCUGUUCUAGACUGGGCUUCCAGAACCAGCCCCCUGCCCAACUUUGAGGCCCCUCUCGCCUCCAUUACAUUCUGGAGCAAGUGGGGGGCUGUGCCUCCUGCUCCAGUGGCCCCUUCUAGGCUCUGGGGCUCCUGAGAGACCUGGAGGACUCUUUCCCCAACUGUUCUCAAUCAGCCUUUGUUCUAGACUUCCCCGUCUAAACCCAUCCCUGCUCGCCUGCAGGUGCAUGGCUCAGUCCCGCUCGGAUCCCAUCCCCACCCCACCCCUGCCUGCCACGACUCUGGGAAACUCCAUCCUCCCCUCCUUCUCUCCUCUUUACAUCUCCCAUUGGCCACCGCUGCUGGAGAAUAAAUUUGGGACGCUGA